CUGAGGAGCCAUUUUGUUGUGAGAGAGACGAAGCGAAGGAGAGAGUGAACAUCUCCGCUGUGCUGUCGGGGCGAAGAGGUUGUUAACUCUUGUGGGAAGAAGCUUCUUCACCAAACAGCUGCAGCUUGAAUAAUACGUAGCGUUUUCACCCACAGAUCCUUAAGGAAGUCGGAUUGGCUAGUAGUUCGGAGCGCUGUGAUUCCAUUGGCUAGAUGGUUGUAAAUACGACGUCCUGGCCAAUCGUUGCACAGGAGGCGGGGUUUACAGAAUGCGGGUGGGAGAUGUAAACCACAAACCAAUUGAUCGGCCGCCAUAUUGUGAGCGCCAGCUCUUUGUUUUGGUUUAAGGGCUUCCUUGAGCGCCGUGUGUGUCGAGGUGAGUUGAUGUUCAGCUCGGCUUCACGACACAGCGUCGCUUUUUGGCACAUGAACACCAUAAACAUCAUAAACACAAUAAACACCGUAAACACGAUAAACACCAUCAACACCAGGCUAAACACAUGCGCAGUGAGAAGUAGACGGACUACUUCGAGGACCUGGAGACAGAUCAGUGACGAGACAGCAAGAAGGAGAAACUUCACUACAACAACAGAGAGGUGACAUCCAGCACAAUCAGAAUGGGAGGCGGUGAGAGAUACAACAUUCCAGCGUCCCAUCCCGAUCACUCUGCCUCCAAAAAGCACCACCCCGUCGGCAAGUCCAAGCCGAGGAGCCGGAACCAGCACGCCGGCGCGUUUUCUGCGUCUCCCGGUGCUGCGACGACUCCUGAGAAACUGGCUGAGAAGAAGAGCGGCGGCUCGGUUCGCUUCUCCUACAGCGAUCAGUGCUGGGGAGGAGCCGUGACUCACCUGAACAACAUCCUGGUCACGCAGUGCAGCCACGCCUACGCCGGCGCCAAAUUCAGCGAGCCGCCUUCCCCUAGCGUACUCCCUAAACCUCCUAGCCACUGGGUUUCCCUUCCCAUGAUUCCCUGCGACCGGCGCGAGAUGAUGGCCUUUCAGUUAAAGAGCCUCCUCAAAGUGCAGGCGUGAAAAAAAUACACGACGUUAACGAACCAGCGACUUCACGCCAGGCUCCGCCCCUCCUGCAACGCUGCAGCGCCGUGAUUGUAACCGGGACCAUUUCUGCAAACGGUUCCUCUUUAACUGUAUAUAGUUUUUUUUAAACGUUUAGGACAGGAUCGCGUCGCUGCAGCCUUACAGCAGGGAGGAGCGCUUAACGGAGUCGAACGAAACGCUCAACUGGAUUCCCUUCUCGCUAACGUUGUGGUGUUGUUUUUUAUGUUGGCCGUUAAUGAAAGUCUGUGUGUGUGUGUGUGUGUGUGUGUGUGUGUGUGUGAGGGUGAGGGGACAAAUCAUCGCUUUACACGACGUGCAUCACAAUCAUCACAUAACUUUGUUUAUAUUUACUACAGGAAGCAGCACAGCGUUAAACAGCAAUAGUGUUAUUAUUAAAGCGCUGAUACGUGCGUUUUAACGCCAGUCAUCUCGCCCUCGCUUUUACUUUCACGCCUUUUUCUCGCGCACGCCUGGCGAUCUCGCGCACACGAGCCUCGUCUCCGUUUAUACAUCAGAGAAAAUCAAUCUGUUUUUGGGGGAGAGAAAAAUUUUGAUGAAAACCAAAUGCGAAAGCGUGUGUGUGUGUGUGUGUGUGUGUGAGUGUGUGUGUGUGAGUGAGAGAGAGAUUUAUCCUCACAAUGUGGCCCACACACACCUUGUGCUUUCAGCUCCUGUACUUUUAUAAUUGGCGCUGUGCGCACUGCACUAUGGGGGCUGAAAUUCAACAAGGUGUGUAAAUAAGCAGCAUCUCCUUUGUUUUGCUUUGUUCCAUCAAUCAGAAGUGUUGAAGUUUACUGAAGUACUAUAGUUUCACUUACAGCGAGUCCCCUUGGUCACGUGGUCACAGACGUACGUGUGCUGAUGAUCUGUAAAACGAUGUUGCGCGCUGUUAUGCGUGUACGGUGUAGCGUAGAGUUCCGUUCAUGUCCAGUUUAUUUUCGGGCCGGUUUAAAGGAGCGCUUCUAAACGCUCUUAUUAAAGCAGUCAUCAGGAACAGCACCGCAGUCAGCCGCGAUGUCAGCACACGUUUGUCGAGUUUCCUGGAUUUACACCAGAGAGGAGAUUUGAACGCAAUCAGUGGCGUGCGGCAGCUUUAUGGCGAACGAUGCGGAGGAAGGCGUACGGAGGCGAGACACAGGGGUGUUGAUCAUCUCGCUGUCUGACUCCGUUCGCCUGUUUGCCAUGCGGCGCGUCGUUAAAGUCGCGUUGUAGCAUUUAAACUGUUUACGUUUUUACAAAAGGGGCCAAAGUUUUAGACUCUUUUUGACUCGUUCUAUGACUUGCACUGUGUGUCCAUGUUGUGAGUGUGUAGUGAAACCCCCAGUUCUUAUUUCCGCAUUCUGUAACGCGUGUAGGCGUGUGCCGCAUCACAUCCACGUCCGAUCUUAUAACUUCGUAAUGAUACUGUACCUAAAAAUUGGAAAUGAUUUGAAAUGAAUUAUAUUGAUGCUGUAUGGAUUAUCACAGGUUUAGAUGUCAGUACAAAUACAAUCGCAUCACUUCCUCUUCAACAGGUUUACUUUAUCCCUGAUAAGUUUUGGUAAUAACUGGAUUAUCGCGAUUAUACCGUGUAUGUGAUUAUCGGCACAUGCCUGAACACCGCGUACCUGUCCUGCACACGGCGCGUUAACGGCCAGCUGGAAGACGACUCUUUGUGCAUCAGAGCCGUGUAAAUAAUGAAAUGUAUAAAACCUUGUAGCAUAUUGUACAUUAAAACGCAGGGUUGUUUUAAACCUGCCAGAAAGUAUUUUUAGUAAUAACACUGAAUGUAAGUCACGCAGAAGACGUGGCUUGAUUUGAAAUGCUGAAAUUAUUUUUGUUUAAAAAAAAAAAGAAAAAAAGAAAGAAAAUAUUUGCCUGUAGCGUGUGGAAGUCCCUCUGCGCUGUGCCGUGUCUCCGCCAGUGAUCCUGCACAGGACUUUAUUUUACAGAACGCACAGAGCAGAGGAGAAAACAAGCUUUAAGUGCAAAGAUUUUUAAACAAAAAAUAUAUAUGUAGUUAAAAUUUCGCAGGCUUUUACACUCACACCAGCUCCAUUUUUAAAUAAGAACCAUGUUUUUACAAAAAAAUAAAACUUUUUUUUUAUUGAUUACACUUUCAGUAGAUUUUAAUUUAAGUGACUCGGUGUAUCCAGGAGCGAGUUUUUUCCUCUGCAGACUCGCAUUUGAAUACGCCGCUGUAAUGUUUUUGUUUUUUUUUUUUUUAAAUUAAUUAUCUUAAUUUUUUCACUUUCCUGUGUGUGUGUGUAAAAGUCUCUCAGCUUUCCCUGAUAAUUGGCUUUGAAUUUGUCCCAAACUUUUAAAAUGUCACUUUAAGAGGGAAAAAAAAAAGAAACUUGAAGCCCAUUUUAUUGUAAUUGAUAUGUAGUAAA